GCCUCCUUGGCACUGUCACCACUUAGCCAGCCUUCACCAUUUUCAGACUUCAGAGUUGUGUACAAGUGAGAAGCCAUGAUCAAGCUGAGGUACUCCAAGAGGCUGUUCAAGAGGAGCUGCUCCUCGUCGAAGGCGACUGCUUGUGUCGGUGGCGGCGGCGGCGGCCAUGGCAAUGCGGUGGCCGCCGGCGGCGGCGGCGGCGGCGCGGGGGAGAUAGGGUGGGAGGUGAGGCCGGGAGGGAUGCUGGUGCAGAAGAGGGAGGGGAGAGGCGGCGAGGAGGUGAUCUUGGUGAGGGUGUCCACUGGCUUCGCCUGGCACGACGUGUCCAUUGCUGCGACCUCCACAUUCGGUGAGCUGAAGGUGAGGUUGUCCAUGGUGACAGGGCUAGAGCCCAGGGAGCAGAGGCUGCUGUUUAGGGGCAAGGAAAGGGAGGAUACCGAUCACCUCCACAUGGUUGGGGUGAGGGACAAGGACAAGGUCCUCCUCCUCGAGGACCCUGCCCUUAAGGACAUGAAGGUCCGGGCUGCCCUCGCAGCAGCCCGGGUCAUGCAGAGCCCGUGCCAGCCUUUUAUCCAAGUCUAAGGGUUAGUUGGCCGUGACCCCUGUUCUGUUACCACGCUAACUAUUAGAGUACUAUUAAUAAGUUGUACUACAAUUUUAGUCGAUCGACAUCUCAAUUUCUGGAAGGUUUUAUUAUAUCCGGAAUAGGUGGGGGGUUGGUGCUGUUCACCCCCUCCUCUCUUUAGUUUACUGUCAGUGGUGCCACUCCAUGGUAGGGCAAAGGGUCCCUCAACAUGAGAGUGUAUGAGAGUGUGUGAGUUGUUUAAUGAUGGGUUAGUUAGUUGCAAGUGUCCAGCCAUGGUGGUUGUGAUGUGAUGUGAUGCUAAGCUUUGGUGCUGGGCUCCUAUGGUCCCUGGUACUGUGCUCUGGUCUUUUUCCCAUUCCUACAUAGGUUAUGGACAGGAAAUGGGGGCUAAAGACGAUGUAUUUUGUGUUUUCUUGAAUGGAAACUGAAUGUGUGUGUUCGUUUCGUUGUU